GGCGCGUUACUUUUUUAAGGUUAUGUUGAUAACAGAACUGUUACUGAUACAACAGCUACAAUGAGCUGUAAUCUGUAUCAGUAUUGAAUCUGCCUUUUAAUCCUCAGAGUAAUAAUAAUAAUUAAGUCGUAGACCUAUCGACUUAAUAGAUACCAAAAAAAAACCUAAUGAUUAAUUAUUUAUGAUUAAUACAAAUAAUUACCAGUUCGAUGUUUAUUUUAUAAAUUAAAAAAAUUAAAAAGUUCUUUUCUAACCUAAGGCUUCACUGGAGUCAAUAGAUCAAUAACUUAAUUUAAUUACAUUAGAUUACGGCAUUAAUGAAGAUAAGCACAAUUCGUCUUAAACUUGGCGUGAUUCUAAUAUACUUAUCAUUUUUGAAGACUAAACGAAACGCCAAAAUGAAUCCCUUAACGAACAUGAGGAAUAUAAAAAAAUUAAGCGAACAAGAAUUGGAAAGCCUACCAAAAAGCUCAUGGCAUGAUGAGUACAAAUCCAGUGCUUGGAUUUUUGUUGGUGGUCUACCAUAUGAUCUUUCUGAAGGAGAUGUCAUGGCAAUUUUUUCACAAUACGGUGAAAUUGUUAAUCUUAAUUUGGUAAGAGAUAAAGAUACAGGCAAGCAAAAGGGAUUCUGUUUUAUAUGUUACGAGGAUCAAAGAAGUACAGUUCUGGCAGUGGAUAACUUUAACGGUGCUCGUGUGCUAGGUCGAAUGCUUCGUGUAGAUCAUGUCAAAGACUAUAAACCUCCUAAAAACACAGAACCUACAGCUCAUAUUAAAGAUGAAAAAAUGGUUGAUGAUUACGAUGAGGUUCAAGUUAAAAGAGAAAUUAAACAGGAAAUUAGAACGCCUGACAUCAAAAGAGAAUUGUUUACACCGAAAACAAAACGAGAAAUAUGUACUCCCGAAAUAAAAAGAGAAAUAUGUACGCCAGAAAUAAAACGAGAAAUGUGUACUCCAGAAAUUAUUAGGAGUCCAAACAGUGAAGACAGUGAAAGUAAUGUUAAAAAAAAAAAAUCUAAAGAUAAAGAUAAGAAACGGGGAAAAAGAAGUAAAUCAAAAGAAAGACAUCGGUCAAGAGAAAAUUAUAAUAAUUAUAAACAUCACAGAGACAGAUCUCAGGAAAAAGAUAAAACUAAGAGGCAUAGAUCGAGGGAACUAGAUAAGAGUAAAAAAAGAAGUAGAAAUGAUCGAAGCAGAGAGGAUACUAAAAGAGAAUCUAGAACUGAGUUACAUAAAAGACGUGAUAGUCAAGAUAGAUCAAGAGAUAGAAAUAAAUAUCAUAAAUUGUCAAAAGAAAACGGAAGUCGUAAAAGUGAUGAAGAAUGUUAUUAUGACAACAUCAAACGCUAUCGUAAAGAUGACAGUCAUAAAAAAAAGUACAAAAAAUAAGAAGCUAUUAAUACAUUUACUUAAAUAUCAUCAUUUUUGAUGAACAAUUAAAAGAAUUCAUUUUUUACCAAGGCUGAAGUGGCACAUUCCUGAAACACCAAUAAGUGUUGCUAGAAGAUUCUUUGGAGCGAGUAAAGCACAAUAUGUAGCAGCCGCCACCCACAUUAAAUGAACUGCUAAAGACUCGAUCGCUUCAAAUGGAAACACCCACAAAGGAUCUCUAUAAGAAAAAAUCUUUAAAAUAAAAAAUCUCAUUUUAAAA